GCAGAUACACCACCGGAGAUCCAGUAUCACUUCAUCGAGCAGACGGUGCAGCCGGGCGCGGAGAUCUCCCUCAAGUGCUCGGCGAGGGGGAGGCCGACCCCGAAGAUCCACUGGAACCUCGACGGCUUUCCCAUCCCGAAUCACGCCGGCUUCGUGAUCGGCCAGUUCGUGACGGGACAAGGCGACGUGAUCAGCCACGCGAACAUCUCCCACGUCGCCACGAAGCACGGCGGCCGCUACGAGUGCAGAGCCUCGAACAAGGCCGGCGAGGACUCCCACGAGGAGCGGCUCAACGUCUACGGGCCGCCGGUCGUGAGGGAGAUGGCGACGCAGACGGCGGUGGUCGGGGAGGACUUCAGGAUCAGCUGUCCUGUCGGGGGCUUUCCCAUCAAACGCAUCUCCUGGUUUAAAGGUCUGUGUCCUCCGUGCAUGCCUUCCGUGCCUGUCUUCCGUGCCUGUCCUCCGUGCCUGUCCUCU